UUUAACUUGACUCUGACUUAUCAACAAGUGUAUCCUCUCUCUUUUCAGAGAUUACCUCCUUUCUCCAGCCCCUUGGCUCUUUCAUUCACCAUGAAACUAAACGAGAUGCCUCAUGGUGACAUGAAAGAUGUGGGCUCUAUCGAUGCCGAUGAUGCCGGCCAUGCGGAGUUUGCUUCUAAGGGGCCUGUGGCCCCAAAGUACAUGGGUACGGUAGCUGAUCGGCGUGAUAUGAAUGCUAUGGGCCGAGAACAAGUCCUGCGGAGAAAUUUCCGGUUCAUUUCAAUUCUUGGAUUUGGAUGUACCCUAAUUAGCACGUGGGAAGUGGUAUUGACACUGCUUAGUUGUGCGUUGACGGAUGGGGGUACUGCGGGCCUCAUAUGGGGAUUCAUGAUUGUCACUGCAGGAUUUUCCCUCGUUUUUGCCAGUAUCGCUGAACUGGCUUCCAUGUCCCCAACGUCAGGAGGCCAAUAUCAUUGGGUAUCUGAGUUUGCUCCUCGUCGCUACCAGAGAUUCUUGAGCUAUAUUACUGGAUGGCUUUGUGCCAUUGGAUGGCAAUGUGCUAUCGUGUCAAUUGCCUUUCUUGCGGGUACAAUAAUACAAGGGUUGAUUGUUCUUAAUGACCCCAGCUAUAACUUCGAGCGAUGGCACGGCACUUUACUCGUCAUUGCCAUAACUACAUUCUCUAUCCUAUUCAACACGUUCCUAGCUAAGAACCUCCCCAUGGUGGAAGCCUUGAUCUUGAUUAUUCAUGUUGUUGGACUUUUCGCUAUCAUAAUUCCCCUCUGGGUUCUUUCUCCUCGAAACACCCCAAAGGCUGUCUUCACCGAAUUCAACAAUGGAGGUGGAUGGGACAGUGUAGGAACUGCGACACUUGUUGGACUCUCAACCACUAUCACAUCGAUGAUCGGUUACGAUUGCUCCGUCCAUAUGUGCGAAGAAAUUAAGGAUGCCUCCGAAACCCUUCCCAAGGCUAUUAUGGCAUCAGUUGGAGUCAAUGCGGUUCUUGGUUUUAUCAUGAUCAUCACACUUUGUUUCACUCUAGGUGACGUCGACGGUAUCCUCAGCAGCACAACUAGAUUCCCAUUUAUCCAGAUUUUCUAUAACACAACCCAAAGCUAUGCUGCUACAAACACCAUGACGGCUAUCUUGGUCAUCACCUUGACAGCCAGCACUAUCACCGAAGUAGCAACAGCAUCUCGGCAACUGUGGUCUUUUGCUCGAGACAAGGGGCUUCCGUUCUCGUCCUUCUUCGCUUAUGUAACUCCCGGAUGGAAUAUCCCCCUUAACGCCGUCAUGGUUUCCCUCGUCGCGACGAUUCUUCUCUCUCUCAUCAACAUCAUCUCCUACGUGGCCCUUUCAGCAAUAGUAUCGUUGACAAUCACAUCCCUAAUAUCGGCUUACAUCGUUUCCAUCGGAUGCAUUCUCCUAAAACGUCUUCGAGGCGAGCCCCUCCCAUAUCGGCGCUGGUCACUCGGCCGUUUCGGAAUGGCUAUUAACAUUGCCGCUAUGGCGUUUCUGUUGCCUAUCUUCGUGUUUGCGUUUUUCCCGGUGACCUCCAGUGUGGACGGGCAGACUAUGAACUGGAGCGUUGUUAUGUACGUGGGGUUGAUUGCGUUUGCGUCGAUUUACUAUGUGCUUCGAGGACGAUAUCAAUUUAUUGCGCCUGUGGCAUUGGUAAAGAGGGAUGGGGUUUAUGUGGCCAGUGGUGCGAGGUUCUAAGUUGUGAGGGAAUGGAGUGGUGGUAAAUGAAUGAUUUGAUUUGGUUUGGUUCGGGUUGGCUUUAUUUGUCUUGUUGUACAUUAGUCUCACGGGGGAACGAAGGGAGUUCAAG